UAUUGUCACAAAUCAGAACUGAGAUGCGAAUGAAAUGAAUGCUUAUGUUACGAAAACAAGUUGUACUUGAAACAACUUGAUUCUUAAGCCGCGUGAAAGUUUAAUCUAGGAGGUUUAUCUCCUUGAGUGUAAUUUUUAAUAAACGUAAAAACAUGUGAGAAAACUGUUUUUGUCGUCUGUGGAACACCCAUGUGAGUGAUAGAUUUAUUGUAUUGUAAACAAACCGAAGGCGAUACAAAUAAACAAAAACACUGGGUUUUCGUAGAAGAUAUCAAAUACGGAACUGUAGACAGAAUGCAGAAGCCACGGCAGUUUGCUGAGAAGUUUUGAUAUUUUCAUUAAGUGUAAUUUCUACAAAGGAACAGCAUUACAAAGUAAGACCGGGCGGGCGCCAUGUUGACGCGACUGCUGCUGCACGUGCUGGUGCGGCGCUUCUUCUCCGUCGCGUACGUGGCGGUGGCGCUCGUCCUGGCCGGCAGCUUCCUGCUGCUGGCAGUGACGAGCGGCGGGCUGCCCUCGCCGUGGCCGGCGUGCCCGGAACGGGGACCUCCGCCGGAGCAGCCGGUCGGCCACUUCCUGGUAGUGCUGGUGGUGUCGGCGCCGGCCGACGGGGGCGCCCGCGACACACUGCGCGACACGUGGUUCCGCUCCUGCCCGCAGGACGGCGACGUGCGGUGCUACUUCGUGUUGGGGACCGCCGGUCUCCCGAAGGACACGGUGCGCGAGCUGGAGGACGAGCGUGACCGCCACCACGAUCUGCUGCUGCUGCCCGAAGUCACCGACACGUUCGCCAAUCUCACGCUCAAGGUGCUGACGGCUCUUGUGUGGGCGGACGAGAAGGCGGGGGCACAGUACGUGCUCAAGUGUGACGACGACACGUUCGUCCGGCUGCCGAAGAUCGUCAACGAGCUGAAGGAGGGCGAAACGGCACCGUCGUCCGCGUCGCUCUACUGGGGGUUCUUUGACGGACGUGCUGCUGUGCAGAAGAAGGGCAAGUGGCAGGAAAACAACUGGAUUUUGUGUGACCAUUACCUCCCGUAUGCCCUCGGAGGCGGUUACGUCCUGGGUUCCAGACUGCUGCAUUACAUUACUCGUAACCGUCAUGACCUCCAGCUGUUCUACAACGAGGACGUGUCGGUGGGGACGUGGCUGGCCCCCCUGAAGGACGUGCGGCGCGUGCACGACCCGCGGUUCGACACGGAGUACAAGUCCCGGGGCUGCCACAACAGCUACCUGGUGACGCACAAGAAGAGCGCCGCGGAGAUGGCGGCCAUGUGGGAGCAGUUGCGCUGGGGCUCGGACCGGCUGUGCCCCGGGGGGCAGGAGACGCGCCUGCGGCUGUCCUACCGCUACGACUGGCUGGCACCGCCCUCGCUCUGCUGCCGUCGGCACGACCCCUCCAUCCCGUGAGGCCCAGUGUCGGCACUGCAUCACUGUUCCCCUCUUCUCCUCCGUCAUCUUCGUAUUCCCCCUUAUUGUUCGACAGUUUUUGUGCAGAAUUUCCUAUUCUGCUUACUACUGAAAACUUGGUACUGUCGUGUGAUCUCGCUGUUCAGAUAUCUGGGUUCACACCCGAAUUACUGUAGUCACAUUCCACAGUGUUUCCAACAGCUUCCCUAAUUGUCUUUGUCACGUGUGGUAUGCAGAUUUCAUCACUCACUGUUCAGAAUGGGACUCUGCACACUAUCCUAACAAAUGUUUCCAGGCACCCUGAAGAAUGAGAAAGUCUUGUAAAAUUCUAAAGCUGAACAAAAGGCUGUGUCAAACUGCUGAAAGGAAAACUUCUUAUAAGAACAUCGACAUCUACAUAUAUACCGGGUGAUCA